GCAGCGUCCGGGAACGUGCGCAUGCGCUCAUUGAAGGUUGCCGUUUGGUUGUUGUAGUUACAAGUAGGAACGAAGCCGAAUGAGAUUCAAGGGGCGCCAAUUUAUUUAAAACAACAAUUUUAAACGAUGGCGUGAUGCUGGUGUGUUGUAAGAUGAAAAGCACUUCACGGAUAAACCUGUUGGAAACAAAAGAAGUUUGAAAUCUACGGUUUGAGUUUUCCUGUGGGAAAUUUAAUCUUUUGAGGCAAAUUUGCCUAAAAUCAAAAGAGAUGUUCUCAAGCAAAAGAAGCUGAUACACAAGGAUUGAAGCAGAUUGCUCAUUGUGGAUGGGUAAUUGAAAAUGCCUGCAGUAAACCAGAAUAAAGAGGAUUUAGAGUCAUCAUCUGAGGAAGAGGAACAGGGGGCUCAUCAUUGCAUUGCUUGGAGUGGUAACAACCGGAAAGUUCCUAUUCUCAUUUUCCAUGCUGAGGCUCUCAUGACCAAAGACAAUGAUGUUCGUUCAAUUGGAGCUCGCUAUCAUUUAGCCUACAAAAUUGUUCGUACUGAGAGUAGGCUGGUUCGCAGCAUAUUGACGGUUCAUGGAUUUCAUGAGGUGCAUCCAAAUAGUAAUGACUUCAAUCUGAUGUGGACAGGAUCACAUCCCAAGCCUUUUAUAUUACGUGGUCUCCUGGAAUUUCAGAAGGUGAACCAUUUUCCUAGGUAG